CAAAGGAAGACGAGUAGGAAAGUAUCAAUAAGCUGAAAGGGAUGAUAGUGAACAAUGACUAGCAUUGUGUGGACUUUUGUUAGGAGUGAUGCUGAAGGAAACGAUGCGUUGUCAAUGUAAAUUUGAAGAAUUCAAUUGAAGGUAGGUGGUGGAUAUGAAAAGGGAGAUAGCUUCAUUGGUUUGCAGUGCAGUAACUAAAAAUCCUGUGAACAUAUGUUGUUGUUCUUCUGGAGUGAUGCCGAUAACAGUGAUGCCGUGAACACGCCGAGGAGACGCGGACAUCAAGGUAGUGGAGCCAACACCACAUGCAUGAGACAGAGCUGUCGACCUUCAACUUUUUUUGUGUGCAGCAAGCACACCCGCUAAGUGAAUGCCAGACACUGUAUGUGAAAUCGUCUUCAUAUAUACAUCGUUCGUUCAUACACUUUCAACUUCUUAAAUAAUCGGGUGGGGCAAGAAAAAAAAAUUCUUGCUGAAAUUAAUGUAAGGGUAGGUUCUGGCCGAUGAAAGAAUUAAGCGUGUAGCAGGUCUUGCACGUCUCUGAGAUGUUAGUUGAACUUUGACCCGCUGGUGAGGACAAACGUACUUCAUUUGUUGGAGAUAAUACCCAGCACCACACAGGCGCCGCACUCCACACACAGCACUUCAGAGAUAUAGCAGCUUGGUGUCCUGUGCAUCCUGAAAAACAUUACUAAAUAAACCACAGCUAGAUUUUUAUCUUUGGGAAUACUCUCCAAACAAAGAAUCUGAACAAUGGCGGCCUUGACCGCAGUAGCAGUUGCUGUGCUGGUUGCUGUAGCUGCCCUGGUGGUCUUCACACUGAUGACUCCAACUCCUCUUACAACAUCCAUCGAUGCUGAAUACGAUUAUAUUGUAGUGGGGGCGGGGUCAGCGGGCUGUGUGCUGGCCAGUCGUCUGUCGGAAGAUGCUGACAAACGUGUCUUGCUUCUGGAGGCGGGGCCAGACGACCAGGGCGUGACAGAUUUGUCCGUCCCCUACUACGGACUGUCCAUCGUUUGGAGUAAAGACUUCAGCUGGGACUAUUUCACCGAAUCUCAAAGUCCCAUCUUACAAGGCUAUAAAGAACAGAAAAUGUCGUGGCCCAGAGGGAAAGUGCUCGGCGGAAGUUCUAACCUCAAUGCUCUGAUCUACAUCCGGGGCAGUCGCCAUGAUUACGACAAUUGGGCCAAGUCCGGGGCAGAAGGCUGGAGUUACCAGGAUGUGCUGCCCUAUUUUCUCAAGUCAGAAGACAUUCGUGUUCCAGAAUUGCAACGCUCUAAGUACCACGGGAGAGGGGGCCCACUGAAAGUGGAGAGUCCAGAAACAACACAACUAGGGCAAGAGAUGUUACGCGCAGGGAAAGAGCUGGGCUUCCCUGAGGUGGACCCCAAUGGCGAGACGAUGCUAGGUUUCAGCAGGGUGCAGUCCACCCAGAUGAACGGUGUCCGCUACAGCACGUCACGCGCCUUUUUACACCCUGUCCUUGACCGCUCUAAUCUGCAUGUUGGGGUCAAUGCACACGUCACUCGAGUGUUGAUCGAAGACGGAGUGGCGAGAGGAGUGGAGUUUUUUAAGGAUGGGACCCUGCGCACAGUUCGCUCCAAGAAGGAAGUGAUUGUGUCUGCUGGUGCCAUCGGGUCACCUCAGAUCCUGAUGUUAUCAGGGGUUGGUCCCAGAGACCAUCUAGAGUCUUACGGAAUCAAAGUUCAUGCUGACCUUCCAGUAGGCGAUAACUUGCAAGACCAUCCACUUUUGGACAUGGGCAUUAGUGUGAACGACUCUAUCGGCAUCACUGAAGAGAAAGCCGCCAGCUUGUGGCAACGUGCAAAGUACUGGCUCUUUGGGAAAGGUAUUCUUUCUUCCACGUACGGCGUAGAGGCCCUGUCCUUCCAGGCCAGCACUGAAGAGAGGAGACAACUGGGAUGGCCAGAUGUGCAGCUGCAUUUAAUGUCAUCCCUUGGUAUUUUAGCUCCUCAAACACAUACAACGGAGAACAUUCGGCGGCUGUCAGCUAGAGGUACAGGAUAUGGAAUAACAUGCGUCAAUACUCUGCUGAACGCUCUCAGCUUGGGGUCAGUGCGCCUGCGCAGUGGAAAUCCUCUGGACGACCCCGUCAUUGACCCGCACUAUUUAGAGAGGCCAGAGGACGUGGAGGCACUUCUUUAUGGUGUAAAAGCGUGUAAGCAGCUGAUGCAGGCACCCGCUCUACGGAAACUCGGAGCCAAGCUGGCAGACAAACCGGUGAGCGCAUGCGCGGACAAGCACGCGCCGGACUCUGACGAUUACUGGCGCUGCGUCAUUCGCUACUCACUGUCCACGACCUUUCACCCUACCGGCACGUGCAAAAUGGGUGACGUCACUGACAACACCACAGUGGUCGACAGUCAGCUGAGGGUCAAGGGUAUCCGCGGCCUGCGGGUGGUGGACGCCUCCAUCAUGCCCACCAUCGUCUCCGGCAACACCAACGCACCCGUCAUCAUGAUUGCAGAAAAGGCCGCAGACAUCAUCAGGGGGCGCUCUACUGUGUGACAUCAACAGAUCUUGUGAUGAAAACACCUCAGGACUAAAGGAGUUUGAACUUUGGUCUUGUAGUUUUGAGGUAUUCAGCCAGCCAGCUAUUCAUUCGUGGGAAGGUUUAAGGGGACAGUUCACUAAGCAAACCAUACAUUUUAAAACGUACUGCAGUAUUUCUUGUGGUCUUUCUUCCUCUUGUGAUGGUGGACAAGGAGGAGGACAGUUUCAUUGUGAUUAAUAUAUACACAGCUUCUUUGCUUUUAGAACAAAAAUGCCAGAAAUUCAUGUACCUUGACUCUUCCAAAAGUUAAAUAUUAUUCCACACGUUUGCAGCGUUAUAUGCAACAGACAGAAUAAUAACAAUAACAAUAAUAAUGUAACCGAGUGAUGGCCGGCCCUCUACAAUAAUAAUAAUAAAAACCGGAUGAUUUUAGUGCAAUUUUUCUAUCAAAAUCACUUUAGAGAGCCGAGGUGGAGGCAAAUGAAACCAAUGAAACCAAUGCAGUGCAAGAUAUUGUUCUUACGAGUUGAGCAUGAGCUGCUUGGGGAAGAAUUUUCCUCGGUAAUGUCUAAAACAUGGCCAAAGCACAAAUUAUCUUCAGUCUGGAAUAUAAACAUCAAGAACAGCUAAUAUUUAUUCUUCUAUUCUCAACAUAUAACCAUUUGCAGUUAAUAUCAUUAGUUGGCUAACGAUUGACCAACGUUUGUUAAACUACAGUCAGUCGUCUAUAUGUGUAAUACAAGUUUUAUUGCCAACAUAGGACAUGCAUCGUCGUUAUAAGAUGGCUUACUAUAAUGUGAAGUUAGUAUUUUAAUGCGAAGAAUUUUAUUCUGAUAUUUACGUUCUUAAUCCUUUAAUAUUUUACAUUCUGUAAAUUAUCUAUGUAUAUUUUUAUAUGUUUACAUGACUUAUAAUAAUAAAGUGUUUCAUUUUUUACAAAAAUUAAGGUUUAAAAUAUCAGUGUAAAGUGUUUAUUCUUGUCUAUAUAUAGAUUGCUAAUUUGUUAAUAAAUAUCCUUAUCAAAAAGUU